GCCUGGGCACCUCUUGCUCCCCGGGUCGAGAGAGAGUGAGCUAUGGCGAGAGGCGUGACUCACUGUAGAGGAGGAGGAGGAGGAAGAUCCCGUGUCUUGGUGCAAUGAGCCUCUGCAGCGGUGGAUUCUCACCAAGCCUGCCUUCUGUCGGAUUCCUGCUUUCGGACAUCGAGGUUUUUUUAUUUUCUUUCCUGUGGGUCAUUGAGCAACGAAUCAUGGUGGUGAGUUUACUGGAGCUUUGUGUUCGGAGUGCGAUCGACAAUUUACAAUAUAUUUCCGAUGUUGGUGAGACCGACAUUCAGUUGUUGAAGAGGAUUUUGCCUCAUUGCAAUGCGGAGCAGCUCAAUCAUAUUGAAUCGUCAACGAAGGGCAGAGACUUGAGCCCUAUUACGGACGACCUGUGGCGCAAGUGUUAUGGGCGUAAGUUCGGAAAUGAUGCUGUGGAGAUGGUGAAGGAGCGGAUGUCCGAUCGUAAAUGUAAAUUCAAAUGGAGGCAGUUAUAUCAGGCUAAAUGUCGAGAGCAGGAUGAAAUUCAGAGGAAAGGUGUUAGUCGCCUACGAGAGCUAUACAAGGAGCAAAACAGCCAGAAAGAGAGGAAGCAAAUUGUGCCCAUUGAUUUGAAACCGCCCGAGAGCAAGCGAAUAAAGAGGACGGGUCCCGGAGGAAGCUCUGGACCGUCGUCAAAGGCUCCUGCCAAGGGCAGACUGAUGCAAAAGGCUAGAAUGGAAUUCGCCAAAAGUAAUGCGGCAAGUAGACAAGCUUCUAUGGCGAAGAGUAGGUUGAAUCUCAACAAUGGGAUCAAUCAGCGGCCUGGAGGAAGUUUCCGUCGCUGAGUCUUUCCUGGGAAAGAUGAACAGGUGUAUUGAAUGACAAGCUGGGGCAGUGAUGUCUAAGGUCGAAGAAUCAGUGGUAGCCAGGCAGCGCUACUAUUCGACCCUUUAUUCUUUUCAUGAUAUUGAUGGUUAGCAAUGCACCAUCUUUGUCUUAGCCCAUGUUGAACAAUUCCAAAUGUUGUAUAAGAUAUAUGGUCGGUAAUAAGAAUUCAUUUAGUGCAUAAACAAAAAUUACAGUUGCCUAAGUCCACAUCUCAAGUGUGCAGUUGUAUUAUCUUUAUCAAUAUAAACAAUAAUUAUAGAUGCUCUAUUGUA